UUUUUUUGUUUCCUCUUUCUCUCCUGCUUUUCUUCGUUCUGCACACCACACACACACUCCAUUAGACCAGCAACGAUGCUUCCCUCCAUCCAGCAGCUCAACAGCGAAUCCGCACAAGUCUUCAUCGAGACUGUCAACACCCUUUUCGAGACAGCCCCUCCCCUUGCCGACCGUCUGCUUGCUGCACGCCCCUACGAAUCCUAUGCCAAACUUAUUGACUUUGCCGAAUCAAUCUGCCUCGGUCCCGAAUUGAACGAACAAGAAAAGUUGGACAUUAUCAACGCACACCCAAGAAUUGGUGCAUCCAAGGCCAACUUGUCGGCCAUGUCUCUGCGAGAACAAGGAUACACGGAUCGUCAGGCCGCUGUCUCCAACGAGGAUGAACAAGUCAAUGCCGAGUUGGCUCGUUUGAACCAGGAAUACGAAGACAAGUACGGAUUCAACUUUGUUGUGUUCGUCGCCGGUCGACCUAGAGCACAGAUCAUUCCUGUCAUCAAGGAGCGUAUGGCCUCGGGUGACCGUCAGAAGGAAAUGGUGACAGGAAUGACGGAUAUGAUGUUGAUUGCUCGGGAUCGUCUUCAGAAGGCUGCCGUUGCUAAAAUAUAGUGUGACCACAAAUAU